CUUCCUGGUGACGCGGGCCACCAACCUAUUGGCGCAUGCGCAGAGCUCAGUGUGUCACUAGCAGCAGAGCAGCAUCAGAGGAGCAGCAGCCGCCGGGGACACGGAGCUGUCGUCUUGUUGAUUUCAACACUAGAUACAACUUUUCUGCACCAUGUCAGGACUAGACAGCAACCCCUUCGUGGACCCGUUGGACAUAAACCCCUUCCAGGAUGCUUCAAUCACACAAGCCACCAGCGGAGUCACUGACAACGAGUUCAACCCAUUCUCUGCAACUGAAAUGGGAAACCACACUGGCACGACCAUCCCCAUCUCCGCUACCUCCUCUCAACCCGCCAUCCUGCAGACCUCUGUGGAGCAGAGCGCACAAGCGAGUGCAGCUGCUGGCCAGGCCAACCUGAUCAAACAGCAGGAGGAGCUGGAGAAGAAAGCAGCUGAGCUGGAGCGGAAGGAGCAGGACCUGCAGAACAGGACCGCAGGCAGAGCGCUCAACAGUGGUGCUAAAGAGAACAACUGGCCACCUCUGCCCUCGUUCUCCCCCGUGAAGCCGUGCUUCCAUCAGGACUUUGAGGAGGAAAUCCCUGACGAGUACCGCAGGAUCUGCAAGAGGAUGUACUACCUCUGGAUGUUCCACAGUGCCACUCUCUUCCUCAACGUGCUGGGCUGCCUGGCUUACUUCACGGCAGACUCUCAGUACGGCGUUGACUUCGGUCUGUCCAUCCUCUGGUUCCUCCUCUUCACCCCUGUGUCCUUCAUCUGCUGGUACCGGCCCGUCUACAAGGCCUUCAGGUCUGACAGCUCCUUCAGCUUCUUUUUCUUCUUCUUUGUCUUUUUCAUCCAAGUGGCGGUGUACAUCAUCCAGUCUGUGGGGAUCCCCAAGUGGGGAAACAGCGGAUGGAUCGCAGCCAUCAGCAUGAUUGGCAAAAACUUGCCCGUGGCGGUGGUGAUGAUGGUGGUGGCCGGCUUUUUCACUGUUAACGCUAUCCUGGCAGUCAUCCUACUCAAAAUGGUCCACGGGAAAUACAGAAGGACAGGUGCCAGCUUCACCAAGGCCCAGCACGAGUUCUCCACCGGAGUCAUGACCAACAGAACUGUCCAGUCUGCUGCAGCCAGCGCUGCCACCUCCGCUGCCCAGGGAGCCUUUGGCAUGAGCCAGGGGAAUUAGACUGGUCCCACAUCCUU